CUAUCCAAUCAGCAAUAUAAUUCGUUUUUCUAUAAAUAUGAGGUUCGAAAAAAAAACCAAAUCCUCCCACGAGCCUGCAGAUAUCCCAAGCGGCGGGUGGACAAACUAAACGCGCUCUCUUCUCCGUCUCCGCCCGAACAAAAUCGUACCAACGAUGGGCAGCUCCCCGGAAGCCGUCCCGCCGGGGUGGGAAAAUAUCGUUCUCCCGGCACCACCCGCGUCCUCUGCCCCUCCUCCGCCGCCGCCUCCGGAAAUGGGCCAAAUGGUCUGCGGAAGUUGUCGUGAACUACUUUCAUAUCCAAGAGGUGCUGCUUAUGUUCAGUGCCCAUGCUGUAAGACAGUAAAUUUUGUGUUAAAAGCUCAUCAGGUUGGUAAUGUGAAGUGUGGGAAAUGUUCCGUGUUACUGAUGUACCCUUAUGGAGCUCCAUCUGUUAGAUGUUCUUCUUGUAGUUUUGUGACUAAAAUUGGGGCGCACAAUAUUCGGCCUCCCGUCUCAGUGCAGCAGGGCCAACCUCCGCCACCUCAAAGUCCUGUUCAAUAGACGUAGUUCUUCCAAUCUGGUAUCUAUUCUCUACUAAAGGGCUUGGUAGCAUUUUUUGGUCAAACAAGUGGCUUGAUAGGAUUAUGUACCUUGAAAAUGAUAAUCAAAUUAUUUAGUGAAUUAUCAAUUUAUUGAUAGUUAGAUAUCAUUGUUGUGUAAGCCUGAAUAAUCCUGUUUUUGUCUGAUAUGUGGACUUAAUGCUGUUACCCCUCCCAUGCUCCUCCCAAGUUGGGACUCAGGAAAUUUUGUAUAUUCAUAUAAAUUAUGUAGCAGAUAAUAUUAUCUGUGUUGCCUAAUGUCAACACAUUAGGAACCAAUGCUAUGUAAUCUUCUGAUCUUCAAUGAAUAUUUAUCGAAUGAGGUUUCAAGAACA